AUGACGGCCGAAAUCACAAACGGCUCCGCCCCCGCGCCGGCUCGGACCAAGAUUUGCGUCUUCUGCGGCGCCUCCCCCGGCAAGACGCCCGAAUACAUCGAAGCCGCCCGCGCCCUCGCCCGCGCCAUGGCUGCCAACAACAUUGAUCUCGUCUACGGCGGCGGCACAGUCGGCCUCAUGGGCGAAGUCGCCAAGACGCUCUGCGAGCUCCGCGGUCCCGACGCAGUCCACGGCAUCAUCCCCGAGGCGCUCGUCAAGUGGGAGCGCGACGGCACCUACGCGACCGUUAACGCCGACGGCCGCUACGUCCCCGACGAGUCCAGGUACGGCCGCACCACCGUCGUUCCGGACAUGCACACCCGCAAGAAGCUCAUGGCCGAGGAGGUCUUUGCCGGCGGUCCCGGAUCGGGCUUCAUUGGCCUGCCCGGCGGCUUCGGCACCAUGGAGGAGCUGUUCGAGGUCAUUACCUGGAACCAGCUCGGCAUCCACGAAAAGGGCAUUGUGCUGCUCAAUGUCGGCGACUACUGGCGCGGCAUGCUGGACCUCAUCGACACGGCCGUCGACCAGGGCUUCAUCCGCGACGCCAACAAGAAUAUCGUGUUGGCGGCCAAGGGCGGCGAUGAGGCCAUUGCCAUGCUGCGCGAUUACAAGGUGUCGUCGGCCAUUUACGGUCUGCAAUGGGGCAAGCAGUAG